GACUUCUCACCUGAGCACUCCUCCAGUCGCGGCGAUCGAUGGCGCGUCACGUGACCACAGGAAGUAACGUCACAGCUAGGUGAACGGCGUGGUGAGCACACCUUGCUCUGUUCCCUCUGGUCUCUGGGCACGGGUCUAUGCGCACACGUAUCGUACAUGUAGCCGAUACGAGUUAUACGUUUCUAUAACCCUCACUCACUCAUUCACACUCACGUUCACUCACUUAUUCACAAUUACAGCACGCCAAUCACACUGUUUUUUGUGUACAGAUUUUACCCAGCACCCUGAUGUCUGUAUCAGAGACUGAUAGCCCACCUAUUCUCAGCCACAGCCUGGACACCACGGGAGAAGAUGAGGUGAGAACCUUAUUCGUUAGUGGAUUACCCAUGGAUGCAAAACCAAGAGAACUCUAUCUUCUAUUUAGAGCAUAUAAGGGAUACGAAGGAUCAUUAUUGAAAGUUACGAGUAAAAAUGGAAAAACGUCCUCACCAGUUGGUUUCGUUACGUUCUCAACUAGAGCUGGAGCCGAAGCGGCUAAGCAAGAUUUACAAGGUGUGAGAUUUGAUCCUGAUUUACCUCAGACAAUCAGACUCGAAUUUGCCAAAAGUAACACUAAAGUUAGUCGACCCAAACAGUCUAGUCCACCAGCAGGAGGAACUCAUCCAACUCUUGUACCAGCUUUGACUGGUCAUGAGAUUGGAGCUGCUCUAUUACCUGCUGUACACGACGGUUGGCCUCAUCAUCCUCUCUCUUAUGCAGAAGUUCCUGUGUCUUCGGCUAUCCCCACAGCAGCAUUAGUACAUCCAGCACUUCACGCCCAACUCCCACCGCCACUCACAGUACCUCAUCCUCUCUCUCAUGCUGCACUGGCAGGUAGUGCCACUAUUCAUGCAACAAUACCACCGCCCCAUCUGGUCACCAGUCCCACAAUGCCCAGUCCGGUUGGCUCCACGUCUUCUUCGUCGAACACCGUACCCUGCUCGACCCUCUUCGUCGCAAAUUUGGGUCAGUUUGUCUCCGAACAAGAACUAAAGGAUCUCUUUGGAAGCUUUCCAGGCUUCUGUCGUUUAAGAAUGCACAACAAGGGUGGUGCACCGGUUGCAUUUGUAGAGUAUCAGGACAUCCGAUUAGCGAUGCAUGCUUUAAACGCACUUCAAGGCUAUGUACUCUUCUCUUCGGAUAGGGGAGGCGUACGAAUUGAAUACGCAAAGAACAAAAUGGGUGAGAUGUCAAGGGAAUGAUUCAUCAUAGUUUAGUCAUCUUUUUGGAAAUUUUCGAACAUUGUAAGCAUCGUUAUUUAUGUACAGUCCAAAAAAUUAUCAUCCAGAAAAUAUGUGCGUUUUGUUUUUGAUCUUCAUAUUUUCAAUUAUCAUCCUUUUUUUUCCUUUAAGAAAAUAUUCUAAGUAAGGAUUAUUAGAGUUUAGAAGAAUUUGGAAGAGCAUUCCUUGGUUUUUACUCCCUUCUUUUUUUGUUUUUGGUUGAUGUCGAACACUUUUACUGAAGUGACCUUCCUUGCAAUGGAUGCCUGGAUGGUAUGCCUCCCAAAUAAAAAAAACAACAUAUCACAUCCCUCUUCGUGGACCAGAAUGAGCAAUUUAAAAUUAUACUUUUGAGAAAAAAAAAUACAAGCGGCUUUUAUUCCCUUUGUAAUCUUUUUGUGACUGUGAUGUGUGCCAUGUCUAUGCAAAUUUACCCUACGAUGUUAAGCUGUUCUCGCGAGUUUUUUGUACAUAGUAUGGGAAAAAAUAUAUAUAUAUAAAAUAUAGACCAAAUAUAGUAAGAUAUAAAUGCAUCUCUUUGAAAGAAAAGGGAAUAAAACAAGACAUUAACAGCAAGAUAAAUUUUGAAGUAGCCUCGUAUAAUUUGAAGAGAGGCCUCAAUGUUUUCUUUUGGAAAUGUUUACUGAUUGAUCGAUCUCUUGUAGCUAGGUGGCCCCCCUUUUGCAACGCAAUGUGGGCCUCAACCUUUUACGCAUGUAAGCUUAUAUAAAAUUCAUUAUUAGUCAUUAUCCUACGCGAAUUACGAACAUACCAGGGAAUUUCUAGUUGCUGUAAAAUUACUCCGCCCCGUUGGGCCUGGUUAUGUCUCAGUUAUAAGUAUCAAAGAGAAGACAAUCAACCCUUCUUAAGGACAAACAAAAAAAAAAAAGAUAUCUAUAUAUAUAUAUAUAUACAAAUUUAGAACCACUGGAUAAAUUGGAAUAAACCGAAGAAGUAUGUAUCUAUGCAUUAGUGUUUGUCUAAUGCAAAUGCCUUGUUAGAAACCUCAUCUAAUUUCUUUCUUUUAUUAAAAAUAUAUCUUGUCAAUUGGUAAGAACAAUUGUUCGAGAGCAAAAAGACAUUAAAGAAGUUCAAGAAAUGUUCAUAAAUUUAUUCAAACUUUUCUGUUUUCUUUCCCAAAGUCUACCUCUUGUGAUUGGCAUGUUAUUGGUGUUUAUAAAGAAUAAAAAAAAAAAACAAAACAAAGGAAAAAAUAAUAGCUCAUAAAUCAUUGAAUGAUAAAGAAUCAUGCUGACAAUCCUUAAUAAACAUUUCUUUCGAUGUGAGAUAAACACUUCUGCUAACAAAGGCAGUUUCAUAUUCCGUCCAUUAGAUCUCACAUUGAUAGAAACAGCAAUAGGACAAUUAGGAGUGUGUAUGGAAUUUAAAAAAAAAA